UAUUACAUACACUAGGGUCAGUAAUCACUUACCAAUACCGAUAUUCUUCCAACUCAAGAUUUUCAGUUAUUUAAAAAGUAGUUUUCAAUAUGUUUGUGCUUUUUAUUUUUCUGGCUGGUAUUAUUUGCUCGAAUGGUAUAAAUGAAGAGUGCUUUCUCAAAGGCCUACGAGGCGUUUGUCAACCGCUAAAUGUCUGUUAUCAGGCAUUAGAUUUGCUUUCAAACGAUGGCGUCAAUUUUUGUGAAUUUGAUGAGACCGAAGAUCUCAUUUGUUGUCCAGAUGAAUUUAGAAAACCCACACGAAGACCUCCAAGCCCUAAGCCUCAGGAUCUGAAUCGUCGACACAAACGACCGCAGAAUCAAGAACUGCCUCUCUUUAGAGUACCUGAACAAGACCCAGCAGAACCUAGUUAUACGACGAAAAAACCAAAUCGGUUUUCUAUUUUACCAAGUAAUGAUAUACCACUUAGUGUAAAAAAAUGUAAGGUGUACUAUAGAAGAAGAGAUGUUGGGAUAUUUGUAAAAGGUGAAACUAAGCCUCUUCCAAAGCAAUAUCCACAUAUAGCACGUAUAGGUUUUGGACCUGAAGAGAGUAAAGAAUGGUUAUGUAGUGGUUCUUUAAUUAGCGAUAAUUUUGUCUUAACUGCAGCCCAUUGUCUUGAAUCCCGUGAAUAUGGAGAAGCCAAAUGGGUACGUUUAGGCGAUUUGGAUAUAUCAUCAGAUAAAGAUGAGGCUGAUCCACAAGAUUUUAAAAUACUUAAAAGAAUUCCUCAUCCUAACUAUUUGGAUUCUAUAAAAUAUAACGAUAUUGCACUCAUACAAAUAGAAAAAUAUAUUCAUCGUUCUUCAUUUGUCUAUCCAGCUUGUUUACAAUCUAAAAGAUUAAGUCAUGAACCAAGUAUGAUAGCUUCUGGCUGGGGUAAAACAAAAUAUUCUGAAGAAAGUAGUAACUUUUUGCUACAAGUUUAUUUAAAAGAAAUCGGAACAAAAGAAUGCAACAAUUUUUAUAGUGAUGCAAAGAGUUCCUUUCUCCCAAAUGGUAUUAACGGUGAUAUGAUGAUAUGUGCUGGAGGAGAAGUAGAACAAGAUACGUGUCAAGGGAAUUCAGGUGGUGGUCAGCUUCAAGUCAGAAAUAGAUACAAAAAUGUUUCGGAUACAGGUUUCACUAUAGUUGGAAUCUCAUCCUUUGGUAAAGCAUGUGGUGAUACUAGGAGCCCUGCAGUAUACACAAGAGUUUCAUAUUACCUAGACUGGAUUGAAAGUAUUGUGUGGCCUCAGGAAUACAAAAAAGCGCACCCAACAUUCAGACCAAGACCAAAAUAGAAGAAGAUGUAUGUUCUGAAAUAUUUUGUAUUUGUGAUGAAAAGUUUGUGUAAAUGAAUGUAUUAAAAUAA